AUGGUCGGGUCUCUCUUCCAGCUCCCCGAUGAGCUGGUCUUGGAGGCGCUCAAUCAUUCAUUUCCCUGUCGAGAAGCACAGAUUCGAUUUCUUGCAACACUUGUUUAUCCCGGCGCUGCAGCAUGUCGAAACGUGGUCAUCUACGGCACCGAAGCCACAGGGAAGAGUACCAUCACGACGGCCCUACUGGCGAAACUCUCAAAUCAGACCGGGGAUGAUGGGUUUCGUCUCAAACAUGCCGUGGUCAACUCGGCAGAAUUCAUCACAGCCCGCCAUCUUUAUGAGACCGUUGUUGGCAGAGUUGCCGAUGCCUUAGAAUGGAAUGCUGCCCCUCCGAGGUGCGAGACUGUAUCGCAGUUGACAGUCGAGCUGUCCAAAAUGCUCAAGUACACUCCUCGCCCCGACGGCUUCCGCUUCGUGCUCGUCUUUGACGGCAUCGACCGCCAGCGAGACGCCCCUCAUACUCUGCUUCCUGCUUUGGCAAGGUUGUCUGAGAUCAUCCCUUGCCUAGCGACAGUCUUCAUCGUCACCUCCCCGCCACCCAACUUCCUUCUCACCUCUUCCGUCCCACACCUUCACUUCCCGACCUACACCAAAACCGACUUCAUUGCCAUCCUCUCUGCGACCCCUCCCGCGGCGCUCCCUAAUACCACCACCCAAGAAACCGCCGACCUCUGGGCACGCUUCACUGCCGCCGUCCACGACGCGCUCGCCCGCGCCGCCUCUCGCACGCUACCCUCCUUCCGCCACGCCUGCGCCGCCCUCUGGCCCCGCUUCACGGCACCCAUCCACGCGCGCACCCACUCGGCGCGUGAGUUCUCCAAGCUUCUCGUCGCGGCGCGCGUGCAUUUCCAAGACGAGCGUCUUCUCGACCCGGGCGUCCUAGCCCUCCCCCCUACCAACACCACCACAACCACAUCCACAACCGCCCAAAAACAACACGACGCUCCCAAACCACCCCCCACCACCAAAACCAUCACCACCAACCCCAACCCCCCGACCGACGGCGCGGCACUGGACCUCACUCCUGCCCACCACCGCGCGCCUGCUCCUCCUCGCCGCCUACCUCGCCUCGAAAACGCGGACCCGGCACGAUCUGACCCUUCUUCUCCACGCACCACCCACGGGCCGCAAACGACGCCGUGGAAGAUCUAG